AGAAAUACUGCAACUAGGCUUCUUCACUUAGAUUCCUCCUAUUACUUUACUCUGCAAGUCUUGGUCAUCUGAUCAACCAUACAUCCCAUCUCCACCGUUCAAUAUUUCUUCAUUCUCUUCCUUCUUCUUCACCUGCAUUUCUGCUUUUAUAAUACAUACUAAGAUCAGCUUUCGUAUGCGUGAUCAUGUUAGUACCGAGGCUCAUCGCGCUCGUUUGCCUUGUUUGUUUCGCUGUCGGGCAACCCGUUUUGCCUGCUGAUGAAGUGGAGUCUUUGCAGGUGAUAGCAAGGAGUUUGGGGAAGAGGGACUGGAAUUUCAGUGUGGAUCCAUGCAGCGGGUUAUCGGGUUGGGCGACCCAGAAUCCGGUUAAAGGGUUUGAGAAUGCACUCACCUGUGACUGCACUUUUGCCAAUAAUACCAUUUGCCAUGUUGUUAGCAUUAUUUUGAAAGCCCAGAAUCUCAAUGGAUCAGUCCCGCGAGAGCUGGUCAGACUACCUUUCCUCCAAGAAAUUGACCUGACACGGAACUAUCUUAACGGCACCAUCCCUCCAGAAUGGGGUUCCAUGAAACUUGUAAAUAUUUCUCUCCUUGCGAACCGUGUAACGGGUUCUAUUCCCAAAGAACUUGCCAACAUCUCUACGCUUGCAAAUCUGACCCUGGAGUACAAUCAGUUGUCAGGUACUAUACCUCCAGAGUUUGGGAAUCUUCCUCGGAUAGAGAGACUACUAUUUACCUCAAACAAUUUAACUGGGGAGUUGCCGCCAAAUCUAGCAAAUUUGAUUACAUUGAGGGACUUUCGUAUUAGCGAUAAUAACUUCGUAGGAAGCAUACCUGGCUUUAUCCAGAACUGGACGAAUAUCGAAAAAUUAGUGAUUCAGGCUAGUGGUCUGGCCGGGCCAAUCCCUUCUGGUAUCGCUUCCUUAACCAAAUUGACUGACUUGAGAAUCAGUGACUUGAAUGGAAAUGAAUCAACUUUUCCACCUCUUAGUAACAUAAAAAAGCUGAAGACGCUGAUAUUAAGGAGUUGCAAUAUCGUCGGGGAGUUGCCAAGUUAUAUUGGUGAAAUGACAGGAUUGAAAGUCUUAGACCUGAGUUUCAACAAAUUAAGUGGACCAAUUCCCGACAGCUUUGUUGGUCUAUCAAACACAGAUUACAUCUAUCUAACUGGAAACUCCCUAACUGGGUCUCUGCCGCCUUGGAUGCUCAAAGAGGGCGACAGCAUUGACCUAUCUUACAACAACCUCACAUCUGAAAGUUCGGCCCAAAAUUGUCAGCCACGCACUCUAAACUUGUUUGCAAGCUCAAAAGCAAAUAGCUCUGGUAUCGUUUCGUGCUUACGAAGCUUCCGUUGCGAGCGAAGGUUCUACUCUCUCCACAUAAACUGUGGUGGAAGACAAGCAGUUGAUGAUAAAGGAACUACUUACGAAGAUGAUUCAAAUUCUGGCGGGCCUUCCAAUUUCGUGCUGAGUAAGACAAACUGGGGAUUCAGCAGCACCGGCCACUUCUUGGAUGAUGACCGGCCCAGAGACUCGUUCAUCUGGUCAAACAGCUCAAGCAUUUCUGGGGAGAAUUCCCAGCUGUACACGGAUGCACGGGUUUCCGCCCUGUCGUUGACUUAUUAUGGAUUUUGCUUGAUAAAUGGAAACUACACAGUAAACCUUCAUUUUGCAGAGAUCAUGUUUACUGAUGACAGAACAUACAGUAGUCUUGGCAGGCGUAUAUUUGACGUUUACAUUCAGGGAAAGCUGGUUCUUAAGGAUUUUAACAUUGAGAAUGAGGCAGGUGGCGUUAACAAAGGAAUCAGAAGAAACUUCGCUGCAGUUGUAACCGAUAAUACCUUGGAUAUUCGUUUCUAUUGGGCUGGAAAAGGGACAAAUGGUAUUCCCGUUAGAGGUGUAUAUGGUCCUCUUAUUUCAGCCAUAUCUGUUGAUCCAGAUUUUACACCACCAUCAGAAAAUGGAAACAGCAUUUCUGCAGGUGUGAUAGUUGGUAUAGCCGUGGCAGGUCUUUUCACUGUAUUACUGGUUCUGGGUAUUCUUUGGUGGAAAGGCUGUCUGAGACGCAAAGACACGAUGCAAAAUGAUCUGAAGGGUCUAGACCUUCACACUGGUUCAUUCACGCUAAGGCAAAUUAGAGCUGCCACAAACAAUUUUGAUCCAGCUAAUAAGAUUGGAGAAGGUGGUUUUGGUCCUGUAUACAAGGGUCUUCUUUCAGAUGGUACCAUAAUUGCUGUGAAGCAGCUUUCUUCCAAAUCAAAGCAAGGGAACCGCGAGUUUGUGAAUGAGAUAGGCAUGAUUUCUGCCCUGCAACACCCUCAUCUGGUAAAACUAUAUGGGUGCUGCAUUGAAAGCAACCAGUUAUUGCUUGUCUAUGAGUACAUGGAAAAUAAUAGCCUCGCUCGAGCACUAUUUGGUCCAGAAGAACACCAGAUUCAUUUGGAUUGGGCAACGAGGCACAAAAUCUGUAUUGGUAUAGCAAGAGGUUUGGCUUAUCUCCAUGAAGAAUCAAGACUGAAAAUUGUCCACCGGGACAUCAAGGCUACAAAUGUUCUUCUUGAUGAGAAUCUUGUCCCCAAGAUAUCUGAUUUUGGCCUUGCCAAGCUUGAUGAAGAGGAUAACACCCAUAUAAGUACUCGCGUCGCUGGAACCUUUGGAUAUAUGGCACCUGAAUAUGCAAUGCGAGGCUAUUUGACAGACAAAGCAGAUGUUUACAGCUUUGGAGUUGUUCUUUUGGAAGUUGUCAGUGGAAGAAGCAACACUAGCAUCAAGACGAAGGAGGAAUGCUUCUAUCUUCUCGACUGGGCUAAUUCCUUGAAGGAGAAAGGAAACCUGAUGGAACUAGUCGACCCAAGAUUGGAAUCGAACUUCAAUAGAGAAGAGGUUAUGAUGGCUAUCAAUGUGGCACUCCUUUGCACAAACACUGUAGCUGCGGAAAGGCCGACUAUGUCAGCAGUGGUGAGCAUGCUUGAGGGAAGAGCUGGUGUUCAAGAGUUUGUUCUAGACUCAAAUGACAACAUGAAGCACAAGGAAACGGCAACCACGGGACACGAUGGUCAGGGCCAGAGUAUAUCAAUGGAUGUGCCCUGGACGGCAUCAUCGGCCUCUACUGCUGAUCUCUAUCCAAUUACUGUGGAUACUGAUUACUGGGAGAAGAGAGAUCAGUAAAUGCAACUUGUCCUGAAAAUUGUUUGUAUUUUUCAACUUUGUUUUUCCUAUUUGUCUCCCUUCCCAAUGCAACAGUGGAAGAGACAGCAAACAACUAGCGCAGACACUAUUAUACUUCUCAAUAUCUAUGUUGCAAGUAUUUGAGGUUGUUGAGUUAUGACAAAGUGAAGAUGCUGCUUUGAGUGAUACAGUCACUAUAAA